GUUAUUAAGAAGAAAUAAAUAAAGUGGGUGCAUUUUAUCAUCGUCAUCAUGGCGGAGCUGGGAUCGACCAACUUUGACCACAAUGUAGCCCUCUGGCUGGGCUGCUUCUCCACGUCGGCGACUGGGUCUCAAUCUACCUCCUCGUACGUAUUCUCUCUGGUUGAUCGGGUUUCAUGGAUGUGCGAGCUAAAACAAAGCAGAUCGAGGCAGGAUAUUGUACUAAUCGCGAUACGUUUGCAUAAACUUAUAGUCGAUGACGGAAUUUAUACUGUUUGUUUGGUGAUGAUUAAGUGGGUUUUUAAAUUUCAUCCAAUUGACAAUAGUUCAUUUAAGUAAAUAAUAAUACUUUUAGUACUUUUAUGCAACGUUGCGUUGCCUGAAUAUUCCGUCGUCGUUUAGUGAAUCAAUACGAAUCAAAUUUACAAUGGUUUGUAAAUUGUGUGUAUUUUUGUCAGGGGGAAAAUUUUCUGUAAACUUGUUCUGUUUAGUUUCUAUGUAUGGAUAUUGCCUUGGAUGGUCUCUGGUCGGACAUUAUAUGAGUGAGUGAGCGAAAUUGGGAAUGCAUUAUUGGACAAAAUGCUAAUAAAAGUCAGGGUGAGCGUGGUGGAUGGAUACACAUGAAUAUUUUAAACUUCCCUUUUCCAUCCUAUUAUUUCAGGGAUAUUAUUCAAAUUUGGAAUCGGGUCGAGUUCUCAUUCAAUCCAUUUUACUUAAAUAGAGUCGGAUUAAAAGUCUUUAAAAUAUUAAACCGCACUCUCAAAUUGCUGUUUGGUUUGUAAAAGGGAAAAAUUAGUAGCAAAUUUUAGGUAAAAUAUCGAUUUGCAUAAUUCAAGGUUUUCUCCAAUGCUUUAAAAAAUAAAAUAAAUUGCAUUUUAUAGCUUCUCAGUUUAUAAAUAAAAUGGGAAUUUAAAUCCUUUAAACAAGAGAACAAUUUUAAAGCUAAUCCUGCUUAUCCACGAGUUGUGGGCACCGAGGUUGUGGGGACAUUUGGGGACAUUAGCAUCAUAAGAUAGAGGAGGGCCGGGUUUAUAUAACGGGGACAUCGCAUAACCAUUGUCCCUCUGUCCCCACACUUCCGCGGCCACUUGUGUCCACGAGGAGUUUAAUGGGUCAGGGUUGCACCACCACGUAUUGAGCAACAAGUCAUCAGGAGGAGGAAUUGGCAAUGUCCAGAUACGUAUACUCGACCCUCCUCUAUAGUUUUACAAUUACGAUAAUUGCUGGCGUUUAGCUCACUCGUUUAGCCGGGGUUUCCCUCUGCUUUCUUUCUCCGACUUUCCCCUCUCUUGUCGUGUGUGUCUUGUGAAGUGGAUGGAUGGAUGGACACGACCUCGUUCGCUAUUCUGGCUCAAUACUCAUCUCACAGUAAUAACGGGAAGACGAAGGAGGAGGAAUAAAUCAAUCAAUAAAGUGAACCUGACUGCGAGAGACAAUGCCACACACUCAAGGCGAAAGGGUUGACAUCAAAUAGUUGACAUAAAAUAAAAUAUAACAACCCGACCGACCCACCAAACCAUCCAUGAUACAUUCAUACAUGCAUAUCUGCCUACACGGCGUGUGUACACAUGGGGACACCAAGAUAGCAUGCGUACCACAAAUAAAUGACUCCUGCUUGGCGUGGUGGUGGUGGCACCAUGAUUUCAACCGUUGGAGUAUCCACCGAGCCAUUUAGUAGUCUAGUUUGGGUCGGUUAUUUCGGUCAAGAAUUUGGUAGUUGUGGUCGCCAUGCACCACGCUGCGACGACCAUCACUCCCUCCGGGGACACCGUGCCGCUCAUCCUGUACGAAAAGAAUGGGCAGCCGGUCUUCGUCCCCCCGGAGAUUGCGGACCUUCUGCGUGACCUUCCUCCAGAAAAUGACUCCCCUUCCUUUGAAGAUGACGACAUGUUCCGAUAUGACGACGAGGAUGAGGACGGCGACGACCGGGGGUCACAGGGAGGAGAUGAGAGGGACGAGGCGGAAGGGGGACGCCUAGACGGGGUCGAGGUCAUCGAGCGGAAACGACCCCACUUGCCCCCACCAAUACUCCUAGAUUCUGGUGAGAAUAAAAAUGACGCCAAUUUUUUGUGGUCGCAGUGGAAAAGCAGUGGAGGGAAGUUGGUCCCAUUCCUGAAAACGUUGGCGCUUUACUUUCUCCUUUUCCUGCCGGAAGAUAGGCCUUCGUGGGGGGCGACGGCAGUGAAAUGUCUGCCAAUCCUGUCGCUGGCCCUGUUCGUCCUCCUCCACGGCGUGUCACACCCCCAGCAGCACAAGUUCAGCAGGAGGAUUCUGGCCGGCCUGCUCUUUUCCUGCGUGGGGGACGCCCUCCUCAUCUGGCCCGAAUACUUCCUCCAUGGCAUGGCGGCAUUCGGCGUGGCACAAAUCUUCUACAUCCGAGCAUUCGGAUUUCAACCGCUCAACGCUAAACUGGGAGCGUUCAUAUACGUUCUGAGCAGUACAGUUCUGAUCCUGAUUGGGCCGCACGUGCUGUCGGAGUCGUGGCCGGUGGCAGGGGGCGUGUUCCUGUACUCCUCCCUCCUCCUCACGAUGGUGUGGCGGGCGACGUCGCGCCUUGGCGCCACCUUGUCGUCGGAACGGUGGAGUUCGCUCUGUGGCGUUGCUGGUGGACUGUUGUUCCUCAUCUCGGACUCUGUCCUGUCGCUGAACCGUUUCUACACGAACAUCCCGCACCAUCAAGGCGUCAUCAUGACGACAUAUUACGCCGCCCAGCUCGCCAUCGCGCUCAGUAUUCUGCGCCCAUCUCUGGCGCCAACGUCGUCGUCACCUUCAUCGUCACCACUGGCUCAACAGCACCAUCUAAAGGACCACUAAUUAUAAGUACUUACUUUUUAUUAAACAUAUACGCGUUAAUAUUUUCUGUGAUCCCACAAACAAUCCAAUUCAUUUGAUUGUCCUCAAAUACGUAAUCCUCAUGAAUACAAUAUACAUAUACAUACCUACAUAAAUUAAUGUUAUUCAAGAUGUAAAUAAAUAUGUAAAUAAAUUUGAUAAGUGUAA